GAUGAUAGAGAGGCUUGAGGUUAUUUCCUCACACACACCCCGCCAUAAACCUCUUUACAAUUCCCACCGUCCAUUGACCAGAGAAGACUUCCGGCGACAGAGAAAAGUCAUCCUUGAAGAGUUACAAGGAAAACGAGAGAAAAUGAAUGGAAAUUGUAAUGGAAGAGGAGGGAUAGGAUGUGUUGAGAGUGAAUAUAUAAGAAGGCACCAUACACAUGAUGAUCUUGCUGACCAUCAGUGUAGUUCUGCUCUUGUUAAGCAUAUCAAAGCUCCAGUUCAACUUGUUUGGUCAUUGGUGAGAAGAUUUGAUCAACCACAGAAGUACAAGCCUUUCAUCAGCAGGUGUGUUGUGCUGGGAAAUCUUGAGAUUGGGAGUCUUAGAGAAGUAGAUGUUAGGUCAGGGCUUCCUGCUACCACAAGUACUGAAAGAUUGGAACUUCUCGAUGAUGAUGAACAUAUCCUCAGCAUCAGGAUAGUUGGCGGGGAUCACAGACUUAAGAACUAUUCUUCAAUCAUUUCCCUCCAUCCAGAGAUCAUUGAUGGACGACCAGGGACUCUGGUGAUUGAAUCUUUUGUGGUGGAUGUGCCUGAUGGGAACACGAAGGAUGAAACAUGCUACUUUGUCGAAGCUUUAAUCAAGUGCAAUCUCAAAUCACUAGCCGAUGUCUCAGAGCACCUUGCAGUGCAGGACCGAACCGAGCCCAUUGAUUGUAUGUAAAAGAAAAUUCCAGACCAGAGAUGUGGUGGAGGCUACAGUUGUGAAAGGAUGAAGCUACCGGGGCUUUUGUAUAUAGGAGGCUCAAGAGACCGACUGGCAGCAGUAGUACUUUCUUCCAUCUUUCAGACGCUCUUGCGCUCUUUUUCCUUGUAAUUGUUAUGCUGUCUAUUCCCUUUUAAUUAAAUUAUGUGCUGGACAUCUUCAGUAGCUAAAGAACCACACUGUUAUAAGUUUCUCAUGCUUGUGAAUGAAAAGGGGAAAAGAAGGAUUAUGUUUCCAUUCUAUGA